CUCCAAAUCUCGCCUUAGAUCGAAGACCGACGCGACGACGGUAACACCGACAAACCAUACCUCUACUCCUAGCGAUGCCCUGAGGGUCAUUGCUAGUCGGAUCACUAAAAUGACCACUCCAAGGGCCGGCCUGGCCAUUUUACAAGGCUGUACUAGAACACGAAGGAUACAAUGGCAGUCUCUUGAAAAGGGCUUCCAGGCCCUCAGCAUCACGCCGGCACGAACGACGAUCAGAGCAUUAUCAACCCAGUCGAAUCCAAUGAACCCGGCAGACGCGGCAUCCAAAGGAAUGGCAGUGAUUAUGCAUGCUCGUCCUCUCCCCGUGUCACCGUCCUACUUCACGCUUUCAGCCAGGUUCAACGACGACUUCAUCAAGAUCCAGAACCUGUACCGCCGCUUCCAACACGUUCCUCACGCGCCCCCCGAUAAGGUCCCGCGCGUGGCAUGGCGAAAGUUUCAGGACUACCGUGCAUUCUGUGGUGAGGCGGUGCGCGCCAGUCACUACAGUGAAUGUAUCGCCAUGGCGAAGCACCUGCACAAGAUCCACCCAGACCUGAAGAGCGAAGAGGUCAUGCAAGCUUUACACCCAUUCAAGCGUGAUAUCAACGCGCACGGAAACGCCGUCCGCACCAUCCCCAUCGACAAGUUCGGCCGAGCGCUGGGUACCGGCAGGAGGAAGACGUCGGUUGCUCGUGCAUGGGUUGUUGAGGGUUCAGGGGAGAUUAUUAUCAAUGGCAAGAGCUUGGCAGAGGCAUUCGGCCGUGUCCAUGACCGCGAGAGCGCCAUCUGGGCACUGAGGGCCUCUCAGCGACUGGACAAGUACAACGUUUGGGCGUUGGUGGAGGGCGGCGGCCCGACUGGCCAAGCUGAGGCGAUGACGCUGGCGGUCGCCAAGGCUUUGAUGGCUCACGAGCCAGCUCUCAAGCCCGCUUUGAGGAGAGCCGGCUGUGUGACCCGCGACCCGAGGAUGGUCGAGAGAAAGAAGCCUGGUCACGUCAAGGCUAGGAAGAUGCCUGCUUGGGUUAAGCGUUAAGCUACCUGCACUCGUGCGAGGCAGCUGGUGGGAAAGAUGGCAACGACAGCUGGGGAAACAGAACUUGAAUGAGUCGCGUGAUGAUUCGUCUAUAGGGGGUUGGGCGCUCUCCGCGGCUACAGUAAUCUGCUCUGGAAAUGCUUUUCAGACUGCUAUAGCGGUCAGGUUCUGCCGCCGUCUUGCCAGGGGCCCCGAGCAAGUAUCUAUGCCGUGUAGGCAACGGACCCGACAUGACACGUCCGAGGCCUGCAUGGUGACGAGAUGCUUACCAUGUAUUAUUCCCAUGUACAACCAUACAAAUGUGGCAUAUAUACGGAGCGUUAUACAUUCAUUUCAUCCUCCGGUUCGAUUGUAGGGCCAACGGAGGGUGGA